UGGCAGCUGAUAUAUAUACCGUGUGUCCUGGGCUGAUGCAAUAGAGAAAGACUAUCAUAUGGUUGCUGACAGAGAAAGGGCCAGCAUCUCAUCUUUGACGCGCAGUGUCGAUCCAAGUCUAUAGGUUAUCAAUCUACAUAUUUAUUUAUUGGUAACUGAAGAUGCCAGUAAUCAGAGUCUUGAGUAGAGUUGCCAAGCAGGCCCUCCUGGCCCCAGGCUGUGGAUGCCAGCCAGUGGCAGUGGCUGUGCGUAACAUUAGCUUCUCUCCACGUCAGGUCACCUCGGGAUCCGAUGCCAGCUUCCACUCGGUCUCCUUCUCUGAGACAGACCACCCCAAAGUCCUCAUCACAGGUGGCUUGGGGCAGCUUGGUGUGGGUCUGGCCCAAAUGCUGAGAAAGAGAUUUGGGAAGAAUAAUGUCAUUCUGUCAGACAUUAGGAAACCACCAAGCAAUGUUUUCCACAGCGGACCCUUCAUCUACGCAGACAUCCUGGACUACAAGAACCUGCGGGAGAUCGUGGUGAACAACCGCAUCACCUGGUUGGUGCACUACAGUGCCCUCCUCAGUGCCGUCGGAGAGGCCAACGUCCCACUGGCGCGUGCCGUUAACAUCACCGGUCUUCACAACAUCCUGGACAUCGCAGCAGAGCACGGGCUCCGUCUCUUUGUCCCCAGCACCAUUGGUGCCUUCGGGCCCACGUCACCCCGCAACCCGACCCCUGACCUUUGUGUGCAGCGUCCCCGCACCAUCUAUGGUGUCUCCAAGGUCCAUGCAGAGCUGAUGGGAGAGUACUACCACCACCGCUAUGGCCUUGACUUCCGUUGCCUGCGCUACCCUGGAAUCAUAUCCGCAGACUCUCAGCCAGGGGGUGGCACGACAGACUAUGCAGUUCAGAUUUUCCACGAUGCCAUCAAGACCGGGAAGUUUGAGUGCAACCUGAAACCGGACACACGGCUGCCCAUGAUGUACAUCGACGACUGCCUGCGGGCCACUCUGGAGGUCAUGGAGGCGCCCGCAGACCUGCUCAGCAUGCGCACAUAUAACAUCAACGCCAUGAGCUUCAGCCCAGACGAACUGGCGCAGGAGGUCCAGAAACAGCUGCCCGACCUGCAGGUCGACUACAACAUUGAUCACGUGCGACAGGCCAUAGCUGACAGCUGGCCAAUGAACUUCGACGACAGCAAUGCUCGAAACGACUGGGGCUGGAAGCACGACUACGACCUGCCUGAGCUUUGCCAGACUAUGCUCAACUUCAUUGGCGCAGAGAGCCGCAUGGCCCAAGCCAACUGAGCCUGCUCCGAAGGCCAUUGAGACAUGUACAUAGUGUAAAAAACUGUUGGCUUUGGAGAAGAGAGAACUCUAGGUCUGUAAAUAGUAUGUCCCUGUCUCUCUCUCUCUCUUUCUCUGUCUCUCUCUGCUGCUUGGGAAAGCCUUGUUGUCUUAUAGCACACAAGUCAGUGCCAGAUUCAGAAGGUUCCUUUUUUGGUACUCUUGGCCCCUUAAAGUGGGCACAGAAGACCUCAUGCCAUCACUACCACCACACACACACACACCAGAGAGGCCUGCAAGUAUGUCGCAACUUCCUGGUUGGAGAUCUGAGGAACACACAAGCUAGAGGAAGUGAAGUGUGUGUGUGUGUGUGUUUGGGGAAGACUCCUCUAACACAAUAAGAAUGUACUUAGGUCAUGAAAUAUACAUGUGCAAUUCAGGGAUACAGUGAGCCAAAAAAACGAUGAAUAUGAUUGUUACUGAGGUCAAGAUGGAAAUACCCAUCUAAGGAAUACCUUUUAAAGGGCUCUCUUUGAUUUUUGUCAUUUCCUUUUGAUGAUUUUUUGUAAGUGUUAUUAUUUUUUUGUAUAAAUAAAUUAUACAACACAGCUUAAUUAAGAAUAAUAGUCACAUACAAAUAUUUCUGGGAUGAGGUCAAGGAAAAUAAUACCACUAACAAUGAUGUAUCCUUGCUGGAUAAGAAGUUACAUAACAACGUCUGUGGAUGUACACUAGUAUGUGACUAUAGUGAUGGACAUGUUUCUGAGCUACACUCUCUGUAUUUGCCCGUGUCUACCUGUCAUUUGUUAUUCUGCUUCUAUUUAUUUUGUCUGGCAAUGUAUGGCCAGAAUUUGCAUAGGUUGAUGAAUUGAUCAGCCAGCUUUGCACCAUAGAUAUGUCUGAAAAUCAAACAAAUCUUUUCCAUGUUUUUUUUUUUUUGGGGGGGGUGGGGGGUGGGGGUUACAUUACCACAGAUUGUCCACACAACAAAAUUCCCUCAGUGGGGACGGUAACUCUUUGGGUCAGGAGCUAUAUUGAAAUGGAUGAAUAAGCCAUUUUUAUUUUUUUAAAGUUCAGUUUUGUUAAAUUGUUUCUUAUUUGGAGAGCAUUGGACAUGUUCCAGUCUUUUGUCUUGACAAACCUGCUAUCUUAUUAAAGCCUUUUUUCGAAGUA